CUGUCAAACGCAUGCAGCGGACUAAGGUGUAGUAGAUGACUUGUCGUCAUAUCACACGAGCACUCUUGUAUGCGAGAAUGCCUAACCUCCAGACGUGUACUCAUACAGUUCAAGCACAGUCAGACUUCUUGUCCAGUCUAUUCACCGAAACUUGUUUGCAGACAACUUCAGCAAUACAACUACUCCCUACCAUCCCUUGCAAUCCAACAUUACAAACCGAAUUACAGGGUACUCUUAUCUGAUACGAUGGUCGAACACCGAGUUUGAUGACGUGCAACACGGGGACCCAUUCACGACAAACAGUUCUAGAAAGUCGAGUUCGAAGAUGCGGGUGUUUGUUUUGGUGCGAAUAGAAGCCGCUGAUUCAUGUUGAUGCUUCGGUCAACCGACUCUGGCUUCAACAUGUCCGACAACGGUAGCAAUUUGUCCCGACGCUCCUCCUCCCAGACCUCACACGCUUCUACAACCACCGAGCAGAAAAAGUCCAAGACACUACGCGGAAUACCAAAAAGACAUGGCUCCAAAGCCUCUGCCAGAUCACUCGAGGACGAUGAUCCGGCCUUGACCUCUUUCCCAUCCUUCUCCCCUGAACCAGAGCAAAAAUCUGCAAGCAUUCUUCAAGAGGUGGUACCCAAACCGUUGAGGACAGUAUCACAAAAGGCGCGAGACAGAAAGGCUACUCUAGCUGGUUUGACGAAUGCAUCGCCAUCAUUUAACAAGCAGAACGCCCUCUUUGACGACUCUCCACGAUCUUUGCUCGACAUUCCAGGCUCGCUACACCUGGCUAGUGAUGGACAUAUUGAGCGGCUGAUUAGCAAGACUGGGGCAGUCAAACUGAUUCGGCAGUAUGCCUCCGACCUGGCUCAGAGGGAUGCGGAAAUCUCGGCUCUACGGAUCCGCGCAGACAACAGAGAACGGGAGCUAAAGCGACUAUUACGGGAAGCGAGUGUCUCAACGCCUGAGGUCGAGAAGAGAUUAUUGCGAUUGGAGCAAGGUUAUUCUGUUUCUGAAAACCCUAACCUCUCCGAAUCAUCCGACCAAACAACGUCUGUAACCUCUUUGGAUGGCAUGAUGAGCGAAGCCAUGGAGGGGGGGUUCCUGGUGAACAGUCCCAUCGACGAGACCUUCGCAGCGGACUCUAUCCAGGAUGCACGAAAUGCAGACAACACCACGCAAGUGAAUGGCCAGGGAAGUCGCAGUAGAGCAACGUCCACGGCGUCAACACAGCUCAAAGGCAGCAGAACUUCUAGCCGAGCGAACAGCACAAUCAGUGAAAACAGUCAAGAUAUGGACGCCACCUUACGGCCAAGGGUUAGUAGCAGCAAUUCAACGAAGAUACCAGGACUCCAGAGUAUAUUUCAGCCCCCUUCUCAAUCCACCAGCUAUUUUAUAGGAGGCAAGUCGCUUAGAAAACCGAAACUUGGUGAUGAAAUUAGUGUACGCUCGAACCAAUCUGCGCGUUCUUUCGCAUCCUGGACACAGAUAUUCAGUGGAAAGACACAACCAGGUAGAUCCAGGGCUUCAUCACUUGGACAAGAAGCCAACAGCAAUACUGCACCUCCAACUGAUGCACAAAAGUCACUCUCAGGUUUAUCAAAAAUAAAAACCCAGGUCGAUGGAAAAUCCACAACGUCGCUACCAGCACCUGACAAUGCCAAAAUGCGUCCUCCGCCUAAGCGCGUACCAACUCCAAACAGGCUCAAUGCCAGUCCAAACCAUGUUCGAAAAGAAUCGAAUGCAAGCAACCUCCCCCCUACGGUGGAGCUGGACUCCAUGAUUGAGAGCUCACAACUUCCGCCGACCAUGACGAAUCAAUACGAUGACAAACACGGGCUAUUGACGGACAGGUACGGGUUUAUCUUUGACCAGUACCGUCGGAGGCGACAAAAUCUCCAAGCUCGAGGCCAUAAAAAGAACAAGAUGAGCAAUACAGAGACUUUGGCCAGUUUUAGAGCCGGCAGUCCGGGAUCCGAAGACGUAUUUGCAGACAGACCCUCUACUCCUGCAUCGGUCGAUGAUGAAACACCCAAGAAAGCGUGGUCUGACUAUCUUAAAGUUCCUGUUGCAUUAUCCUCAGGCAGACCCAAGGAGUUGCUGUCACAUACCCCGUCCGCUGGUGCUGUUGUUACAGUCAGCACUGCUGAUGGAGCUGCUCCUACCACGCCACCACAUAGAAGUAGGGAGGCGUCUAUCUCAGUGAACGCUUCCAUACAGAAAGCCCUUCCGACAACCAGCGUCGUGGUCGAACCACAACAUUCAGCAAUCACGGCCACUUCGUCAGACUUGAUGGCUGACACCGAAAAUGACACCAACAACGACUCGGGCCCAACCAAAAUCCUCCUGGACCAAUUAAGAGAUCUUCACGAUGCCUUGCAAGCUGAAAGAAGUGCACGCUGGAAUGAUUUCCUUAGACGAGUAAGAGCCGAAAGAGCCAGUAACACCGAUCGAACAACCAACAACACACCCGAAGCAGAUCUUCUCAAUGGCGAACUCAUUGGAAUUGCAACUCUCGGGCGUUCCAAACAGACCAGAAACAAAUACUUACACUUCAAAUCGCUGGUGCUUGCUGGGAUUCCGGUGUCACUUCGACCAAAGAUUUGGGCCGAGUGUUCUGGUGCAACUGCGCUGCGAAAUCCCAGCUACUACGAGGAUUUGGUUGCCCGUUCGCAAGACGGCACUGACCCAGACAUUGCUAGUCAGAUCAAGGCCGAUGUUAGACGCACGCUGACUGACAAUGUUUUCUUUCGUCAUGGGCCUGGAAUUCAACGACUCGAAGAAUUACUGAGGGCGUACUCGCUACACAAUCCUCGUAUUGGUUAUUGUCAAGGCAUGAACCUAAUUACGGCUUCUCUGCUCCUCAUCUGCGCGACGGCCGAAGAUUGUUUCUGGCUCCUCGUUGCUAUCAUUGAUGUCAUCCUGCCCAGCCAAUACUUCAGCUCAACAUUACUUGUCGCACGAGCAGACCAAAUCGUUCUCCGUCAGUAUGUUGCUGAGAUACUGCCUAGACUGAGUGCCAAACUGGAAGAACUCGACGUGGAUCUCGAGGCACUUACAUUUCAUUGGUUCUUGUCCCUCUACACGGGUGUCCUCACUGGUGGCGAGGCUUUGUAUCGUGUAUGGGAUGUUAUCCUUUGCUUGAACAGCUCUGACGCCAUGCCAUACGGGUUCGAUCAGCCGAAGAAUCUGACCGUCGACGUCCAAGCUCUCGGUAUAAGCCAGCCGUCCACCCCGGUGACACCGGCCAUGCCUGAAUUGAAUGCCGACAACGAGCACGACGGGACUAGCUCUCCCUUUUUGUUUCAACUUGCGCUGGCGCUAUUGAAACUCAACGAGAAUUCCAUCCUUGCACUUGAUUCUGCGGCUCAAGUGUAUACAUACAUCAAUCACAACAUGACGAACCACGCGAUAAGUAUCGAUGCGUUGAUACAAGCCAGUGAAGGCCUCAGAGUCAAAGUGAAGAGAAGUGAAGUACUUGAACGCAGGAAAGCGGCCAUAAAAGAGCUUGGUGCUUGAUUUGAUAUAGACAACUCCUCCGGCCAUCCGACCAGCAGGAUAGAUUCUGGUGGGAUGGGAGAAUGCUGCAGAUUGGUCUGCUGGCAGAAGACGGCAUGUAAACUUCAUUUCCUUGCGGGUUCGAGGUCACCACGCCCAUGCCGCGGAGGACGUGCUAGGUUUUCAUUUGUGAUGGGUUGCGGGCAUUUUAUUUUCGUUGUUGAUGACCCCCAAAAUGUUUGUCUUUUAGAAUGAUACCCCCGUUGCACACUACAAAGAAAAUUACUUGAG